AUGGCUUACCUACGGGAGGCCAUCGCUGAUUGGUGGGAGGUCUGCCGCCUUCCUGAAAUAGGACACCAAGCGAGGGCACAAACGGGCACAAACCCUACCACCCCCAAACGGGACGCCCGGUCCAAAUCCCUUCAAACUUCUCUUGGAAGACCACCUCAUCCGCUACACACAAGGCCAUCGCCAUCAGCGCCAUUAAUCAACUAUCUCGCUGAUCGACUUUCACUCGUCAAGAUGGUUCUCGCGGUCGAUCUCCUUAACCCCACGCCUCAGGCUGAGGCCCGUAAGCACAAGCUCAAGACCCUUGUGCCCCAGCCCCGCUCCUUCUUCAUGGACGUCAAGUGCCCCGGUUGCUUCACCAUCACCACCGUCUUCUCGCACGCCCAGACCGUCGUCAUCUGCGCCGGUUGCUCCACCGUCCUUUGCCAGCCCACCGGUGGCAAGGCCCGUCUGACCGAGGGCUGCUCUUUCCGCCGCAAGUAAACGAGAAACGAAUGAAAAACUUUUUUCUUGUUAUGUUCCGGUUGAAACGUCAAAGAGAAUUAGCAUGGAGAAAUUAGGAUGAAAAUACCAAUCCCGGGGUUGACCUCUUCUUACCUCUUCUUUUUU